CGCCAUAAACGCCCAAUUUCGUCUUAUUCCACUGUAUAUUCACUCCAAAAUCCGCUGCACUCAGAGACUGAAAAUUCUUUCUAACCGCCAUUUACAUUAGUCCGGUCGUUCCAAUGGACGCUUUGUUCGACGCAAUCAACGUCCGAGACCUACUUUCCACCGGCGACCUGACGGACCCUACCUCCCCACUUUCCGCACCUGAUCUCCGCCUCCUCAUAACCAGGCUCGAAUCUCAUUCUCUCCAAAUCAAGUCCAGAGUACAAUCUUACAUCCUUUCUCACCACAGCGACUUCUCCUCUCUCUUCUCCCUCUGCAACGACGCCGUUUCACAGGCUAAUCAAAUCAAUGAGAAGGUUUCGGAUCUCAUAGGCUUGCUUUCUGAUUCUCCUAUUGAUGUUGAGAUUAGGGAGAUUGUUGAGGAAGCGAGUGUGAAGAUGAGGGAGCUGAGGGUGAAGAAGGAAUUGUUGGAGUUGGUAAGGGCACUUGUGGGAAUCAGUGACAGGUUGAGAGAUGUAAGAGAGGCAUUGAAGAAUGGACGGCUGACAUUUGCUGCUGAGGAAGUAAGGGACUUAAAGAAGGCCUUGAGGAUUGGUGAUGAGGAUGAGAAGGAUCCUGUGGUGUACGGCUUGUUAAGGAAGGAGUGGCUCGAUUGCUUUGAAGAGAUUCAAGAUGUGCUCGUGAGGUUCAUGGACAAUGCAGUACGGUUUGAACCAGAUUCUGGUGGAAUUCGGGUCAAGUAUCAGUUGAGCAUGGAUGGAAUUGCUGGGGUUGACCUUCGCACGGUUUUGGAAGCAUUGGAAGUGAUUGGAAUUUUGGAUUAUGGACUUGCUAAAGUGGCUGACCAGAUGAUCAAGUUUGUUAUAACUCCUGCCGUUAAUUCUCGAUCGUCCAUUUCAUUUGUAGAAGAUUCUGAAAAAGUCUCGGAAGCAACUGCUGAGGCAGUGUUGAAGAUGGUACCAUCAUUUGAUCCAAAGAUGGAAGAUGUGGAUGGUGAGAAUAUGUAUUCAAGGAUCAUUCAGGUUGUAAAGUUUAUUUAUGAACGCAUAUGCUUCCAAAAUGUUUUUUGGAAUCAGAGUUUUGGAAGAUUGACAUGGACCAGUAUAUCUGACUUGAUUAUUUCUAGCUUCCUCUCCAAGGCGGUUCCUGAGGAUGCUUCAAAACUUGCUGACUUUCAGAAGAUCAUCAAACUCACAUCUGAGUUUGAAACUGAGUUAAAAGAAAUGAAAUUUAUUUCAGCAUCUGAUAGCACAGACCAAAAAUUGAGCAAUUUUGCAGAAAAUGUUGAGAUUCACUUUGCAUGUAGGAAGAAGACAGAAAUUUUGGCAAAAGCUAGAAAUUUGCUUUUACAGUGUGACUUUUCCAUUCCACAAGAAUAUAUAAGAGAAGGUCGUCCACUGAAGAGUGCUGGAAUGGCUGUAAAUUCUUCUGAGCAUGUUGUUGACUUGCUCUUUCUAUCCGAGAGGUGUGUGGUGUCCAAAGCAGCUUCCCAACUUAUGGAGCUAGUACAUAAGACGCUUAAGGAUGUUUGUUUGUCAUCUCCAAGAGUCGCACUUGAAUUCUAUCAUGCAGCAAGGGAUGCUAUACUUCUGUAUGAGGCUGUUAUUCCUGUAAAGCUAGAAAGGCAGCUUGAUAGCAUCAACCAGGUUGCUGUUCUCAUGCACAAUGACUGUCUCUAUCUAUCCCAAGAGAUAUUAGGACUGGCAUUUGAGUAUAGGUCAGACUUCCCAAAUUGUAUCAAGGAACAUGCUGUUUUUGUUGACAUGGCUCCACGAUUUCAUAUAUUGUCAGAGGAGAUACUAAAUAGACAAAUCCAACUUGUUAUUUUUAAUUUGAAAGAGGCCAUAGAUGGUGCUGACGGCUUUCAGAAUACUCAUAAAAUCAAACAAUUUGAAUCUACAAAGUUUAGUAUAGAUCAGGUGGUUUUUAUUCUUGAAAAAGUACGUCUUAUAUGGGAGCCACUCUUGCUGCCUCCUAUUUACAAGAAAAGCACAUGUAUAGUUUUAGAGUCAGUUUUUUCUAGAACAGUGAGAGACAUACUCCUUCUAGAUGAUAUGGCCGCCGAGGAAACAUUACAGCUUCAAAGACUCAUCCAUUUGAUGUUGGAAAGCCUAACUUCUUUGAUGGAGUCCUUGAUUGCUGUCAUCCAAAAGGAGAAGUCAGAAGAUUAUUCUAGAUUUCCUCUAGAUGAUCUCAUACCAUCUUUACGUAAAAUUCGCAAACUUGCAGAACUGCUAGACAUGCCCUUGAAAUCCAUUACAACAGCUUGGGAGAGUGGGGAACUCCUCAACUCUGGUUUUACAGUGUCAGAGGUAGAAGAUUUUAUUAAAGCCAUAUUUGCAGAAUCAUCUUUGCGAAAGGAAUGCAUACGGAGAAUACAAAACGUCAGCUUGUGAAAGUUACAAUUUACCAGGAAUUUCAGCUCCAAUUAACAUCAAUAUAGGCGAGGUGAAGAAGAGGAAGACAAAUGAGAAGAGAAGAAAUUUGUCGCACUGGGGACAGCAAAUGGCUGCUGAAUUUAAUCCCUCUAAAAUUAACUGCUUUCCCAUCCAGUCAACAGAGCUAGAUUUACAGGUUUCUCAUAUAUUUUGUAAAGCUGUUUUCUUUGUAAAGCAAAAUACCUUAUCGCAGAAGUGUACUUCUGUUGAACUGUGUACAUUUGUUUUCUUAUUUGUUUGUUUUUUUUUUUUUUAAAUUGAAAACAGGAAAAUGCCUGAAGUGUUAAAUUCAAAAUUGCAUUUUGUUACUUGGAAGUCACUCAAAUUGCAGAUGCUAUACGAUUAUUGGAAUGCAUCUGUCAUCAAAUUGUGUAAUUUUCUA